UGGUGAAAACGGCAAGCAAGACUAAACGAAACGCAAACGAACCCAAGGGAAUGCAUAGAAAGUUACAAAAAUUAAAAUCUGGAGGGGAUCUUUCUCUCUGUAAACCCAACAAUGGCGAGCGGGAUUCUCCUCGCCGUCUCUCUACUCACAUCUUUCCUCAUCGCCAUCUCGACCUUCCUCGCCUCCCGCAUUCUUAACUCCCGUCGCCACCGGAAGAGAGCGGUCGGUUUCUUCCACCCUUACACCAACGACGGCGGCGGAGGCGAACGAGUCCUCUGGUGCGCCGUCAAAGCGAUACAGGAAGAGAUCCCCGAUAUCGAUUGCAUCGUCUACACCGGCGAUCACGACGCCUCCCCUCAAUCCCUCGCCGCCCGCGCCACCGACCGAUUCGGCGUCCAAUUGCUCCGCCCGCCGAAGGCGGUGCAUCUCUACAAGAGGAAAUGGGUCGAGGAAUCCACGUACCCUCGAUUCACCAUGAUCGGCCAGAGCUUGGGCUCGAUUCUUCUCUCCUGGGAAGCGCUAUCGAGCUUCACUCCUCUCCAUUACUUCGACACGAGCGGGUACGCUUUCACUUACCCGAUUGCCCGAUUGUUCGGGUGCAAAGUCGUUUGCUAUACGCAUUACCCGACGAUCAGCUUGGACAUGAUCUCCCGCGUCCGUCGCCGGAGCUCCAUGUACAACAAUGAUGCCUCGAUCGCUCGCAGUGGUUGGCUAUCGCGAUGUAAGCUAGUCUAUUACACGUUCUUCAGCUUGUUGUAUGGGUUGGUUGGUUCUUGCGCACAUUUAGCCAUGGUGAACUCUUCCUGGACUCGGUCUCACAUCGAGAAGCUGUGGCGAAUUCCUGACCGGAUUAAGCGAGUCUACCCACCUUGUGAUACUUCAGGGCUGCAGGUUUCCUCUUUGCUAAGUGAGAGGCCGGCAGAGACUCCAGUAUUCAUUUCUGUUGCACAGUUCCGCCCAGAGAAGGUACUUUCAGUUUUCAGUGGCUCGUUGAUAGGGCCGAAUCUUAGGGCUCGUCCUUGACAUUGAUGAGCUUGCUUUUGCGAUGUAUGUCAGGCUCAUCCGCUGCAACUAGAUGCCUUUGCACUUGCCAUUUCUAGGUUGGAUACCAAGCUGCCAAGACCAAAGCUACAGUUUGUUGGUAGCUGUAGAAACAAAGCAGACGAGGAGAGGCUGCAGAAGUUGAAAGAUCAAGCUGUUGAACUGAAGGUAGAUGGGGAUGUGGAAUUCCAUAAGAAUGUGAUGUACAGGGAAUUGAUUAACCUGCUGGGAGGUGCAGUUGCAGGGCUGCAUUCUAUGACCGACGAACACUUUGGCAUUAGCGUUGUUGAAUACAUGGCUGCAGGAGCUGUACCAAUAGCUCAUAACUCAGCUGGUCCAAAAAUGGACAUUGUGUUGGAAGAAGAAGGGGAUCAGACAGGGUUUCUAGCCAAGACAGUUGAAGAAUACGCAGACGCCAUAGUUAAAGUCAUAGAGAUGCCAGAGAAUGAGAGGUUCAAGAUGGCUGCGGCCGCUAGGAGAAGGGCAGGCAAGUUCUCGGAGCAAAGGUUUUAUGAAGAUCUCAAAGCCGCUAUUCGACCUGUACUACGGAACUAGCUCUUAACACAGGACAAAAUGGAGUGAGUAGGAAUCGGUGACCUUAACUGUAGUUGAACGAUUGAGCCAUUGUCUUUUUAUUUGCAUCAUAUUGCUUUUCUCAUCUCCCUUCCCCCUUGUGUAAGCUAUUUGAUGAAGCAAUCCCUUUUGAGUUCGGAUAAUGGUUUUACAUACUCUAUUGAACUUUUAGUUGCAGAAACACAAAAGAAAUAUACUUGGAUUACAAUUAAUCUUCCCCUUUCCAAUCACCAUUAGGUUAAUCAUUCGAUUGGAGCCGAGC